AUGGCUUCCGUCCCGAGUGUGCAAUGCUUCGGCAAGAAGAAGACGGCCACCGCUGUCGCCCACUGCAAGCAAGGCAAGGGUCUCAUCAAGGUCAACGGCCAGCCCCUCUCUCUGGUCCAGCCUGAGAUCCUCCGCUUCAAGGUCUACGAGCCCCUCCUGAUCGUCGGUGCCGACAAGUUUGCCGGCGUCGACAUCCGCGUCCGCGUCACCGGUGGUGGUCACACCUCCCAGGUCUACGCCAUCCGCCAGGCCAUCGCCAAGUCCAUCGUCGCCUACUACCAGAAGUACGUCGACGAGCACUCCAAGAACCAGCUCAAGCAGGCUCUUGUCCAGUACGACCGCACACUCCUCGUCGCCGACAACCGUCGCACGGAGCCCAAGAAGUUCGGUGGUCGCGGUGCUCGUUCCCGCUACCAGAAGUCCUACCGUUAA